AGGACAGGCCGACCAGACUGACUCCUCCAACCGCAUAAAUUCCCGGUCCGGCAGAUCACGAGAUCCCCGUGCCUGCAGUGCAAAACUGCGUCUGCAGAGGCUUUUCUGAAUAGCGGGACUCUUCGUAUUUGCCUGCCGACCAGAUCAGUUUGGACGAUGUCCCUCUGAGAGAGAGAGCUGAUCUGAAUUGAGCUUAAAGAAGAUUUCAACAUGUCAAGCACUGAGAGAGACAGUAGCUCUGCAAACUCCACAGAGGCCAAGAAAACAGACCUCAGAGUCAACGAGAAAAAAUGCUCAUGGGCUUCCUACAUGACAAAUUCUCCCACGAUGAUCGUGAUGAUUGGGUUGCCCGCAAGAGGAAAGACCUACAUGUCCAAGAAACUCACACGUUACCUCAACUGGAUAGGAGUCCCAACCAAAGUGUUUAACUUGGGCGUGUACCGCAGAGAGGCCGUCAGAGCUUAUAAGUCCUAUGAUUUCUUCCGCCACGACAAUGAAGAAGCCAUGAAAAUAAGGAAGCGGUGUGCUCUGGUAGCGCUGCAGGAUGUGAAGGCGUACCUGACAGAGGAGGGAGGUCAGAUUGCAGUUUUCGAUGCAACAAACACGACAAGAGAACGACGAGACCUUAUUCAAGCUUUUGUGAAGGAGAAUUCUUUUAAGGUGUUCUUUGUGGAGUCGGUGUGUGAUGACCCCGAAGUCAUUGCUGCUAAUAUCCUGGAAGUGAAGGUUUCGAGUCCAGACUACCCUGAGAGACACAGAGAGAGAGUUAUGGACGACUUCCUGAAGAGAAUUGAGUGCUACAAGGUCACUUACCAACCUUUAGAUCCUGAUGACUAUGACAAGGACCUUUCUUUUAUAAAGGUUAUGAACGUGGGACAACGUUUUCUGGUGAACCGGGUGCAGGACUACAUCCAGAGCAAGAUCGUCUACUACCUCAUGAACAUCCACGUGGACUCUCACUCCAUCUACCUGUGUCGGCACGGAGAGAGCAAACACAAUGUUGAAGGGCGCAUCGGAGGAGAUUCUGAACUCUCCCCUCGUGGGAAACAGUUCGCCCACGCUCUGCGCAAUUUCAUUGAUGAACACAAGCUGUCAGAUUUGAAGGUGUGGACGAGCCAACUGAGAAGGACGAUCCAGACAGCGGAAGAGCUCGGUGUGCCUUACGAACAGUGGAAAAUCCUCAAUGAGAUCGAUGCCGGUGUCUGCGAGGAAAUGACCUAUGAUAUGAUCCAGGAGACAUUCCCAGAGGAGUUUGCUUUGAGAGACCAGGACAAGUACCAUUAUCGCUACCCAGGAGGAGAGUCCUACCAAGAUCUUGUUCAGCGCUUGGAGCCUGUUAUUAUGGAGUUAGAGAGGCAGGGCAAUGUGCUGGUUAUCUGCCACCAGGCUGUGAUGCGUUGUCUCCUGGCCUACUUCCUAGACAAGGGUGCAGAGGAUCUUCCAUACAUGAAAUGUCCGCUGCACACAGUGCUCAAGCUCACCCCCGUUGCAUACGGUAGAUCUUUACCUGAUCGUUACACUGUAACAACAAAAGACAACAUGAGGCGAAAAUGUAAAUGUCUUGUCUUUUAUCUUGUAGGCUGUAAAGUGGAAAUGUUUUAUCUGAAUGUGGAGGCAGUAAACACGCAUCGAGACCGGCCUCUUGGUAAAAUCCCGAAGGACUCUGCUCUCAUACAUCGUCGGAAUAGUUACACUCCUUUGUCCAGUCACGACCAGGUCAAGCGGCCCAGGCUCUACAGCGCAGGCAACCAGCCCUGGCUACCGCUUGCCCCCACCCCAUCCGCUCUGAUGCCGGAGGAACGGCAAAGCCAAACUUGGAGAGGAGGCAGUUGUCUGAGUCCCUGUGCGAAGGAAGCGACUUUGACAGCUCAGAAGAAACUAGUGGCUGUGUCCGCUUCUGAGUGAAGAUCAGAUCGUUUUUCCUCUUGCCACAGUGAACAACUUCUGAAUUCAGUCAUGAGAGUUUCUUUUGAAAAGCGGGUCAACUCUGCACGGGGUAACAUUGUUCUCGUUAUCUCGAGCCCUCUGUCUGUUCUCUGCAUGCCGAGGCUUUGAACUGGAAGCCUUAUCGUUAGUCUCAUAAACACUUAUGCAUGUGCACAUAAAGAAAUCAGUAAACUGACACAACAUAUUGUAUCACAGAACUGGCAACAGACUCAGUGUAAAUCCUGCAAUGCCUUACUGAAUUUUAAAUAUACUGAUAGAAUUAGCUCCUUAUUUGCCACUGAAUGUAAUAGGGACACGUUAUGCAUUGCAAUGAUGAAAAUCAAUUUAAACAAUUGCAACUAGAACAAGUAGAUCCUGUUAAAAUAUUUCUACAAUGCAUAUCCACCAUUUAUAUGCUAUAAAUAAAUAAUCUGUAGUUGGGAAUCUUGUCAAAUGUAUUCCCAGGCCAUCAUCUCUUAUGUCUUAAUUUGAGAGAAUUUGCUAGUUAGGUUCUCUAGAAAAUAAAAGUACUUUAUUUAUCAUCUGUCUGUUCUAAAAGCAGUGAGAAUACACUAAAUUGCUGGAUAUACCAGCACUAUAUACCAGCAGUAGGUACCUUAUGUGCUAAGCAGGUGUUAACAAUCAAAAUUAACAUUAAACCCUGUUUCUUUAUUUUUCAUCAUGCCUGCAUUUUCCACUGAAUUAUUUUCUGCAGUAAAACUACACAUCCAAACCUUUAGCUGUACUUUGAUAUUUAUGUUCAUGUUAUCAGACUGGCUGUGAAUGUGUUUUAUUUGUUUUAUGCAAAUAUAUUUUGUUCCUCCAAUGCAAAAUAAUUUGAUUUUGUAUAAUAGUCAGCAGUCAGAAUUUUAGUUUAUGAUUCUGUAAUGUUUGUUGUUGAGUUGUUGCCCUGCACAAAGCAGCCUACUGUGCCUUUUAA